AUGUCCAGUGGUGUAGACUAUGUCAGCUUGAUCGUUGACGACGUUGAGGACAGUAAGUUAAAAUUCAUCCUUACUUAGACAUUCUUUUUAACAAUUGUUUAAAGCAUAUUCAAAAGUCUUUCUUGAUUUUCAGCGGAGCCUAGCAUUGAGAUUGUUUACGAGUAUAAUGACGGAGAGUCUUCAACUGUCAAAAACUAUGAGGAAUUCUUAGUCAAAUGGGAAGAAAUCAAAGCAUUUUUGGCCCACGAAGACACCAGUAUCUCGGUGGUUCUGGUCCGGAUGUUCAACAGCAUUCCAUGGGUGACAAAGGAGAUUGAAAUUGAGAUUGGAAAGCGGCUGAAAGGUAAAGCUAUUUCUACUGAAAGAUACUGGUAUAAAUUUCCUUUUUCUGGCCCCAGCGAAAAGAAGGUUUUGCAGCUUGUGCCUGAACAAUUCCGGUUGUACGAAAUACCAGGCUUAGACUUUGCCUUAAGGCUAAGCUUUACGCUUAGUUUAGCGCUUAGGCUGUUUCGUAUUUUUAUUCGCAGUCUGCAGCGAAGCCAGGGCACAAGCUACGAAGCGCCGGGCCAGAAAAAGGAAGUUUUUCAGACACAGUAGAUUAAAAAUAAGACAAUUUAUUUCAGAGUAUCACACACAGGUCAACAUUAUUCUUAGGACCUCUGAGUUCCUCGAAGAAGAAGCAGUGAAACUUUCUCCUUAUUUUCUUGCAGAGGUCGGGCCGCAUGUUAGAUUUAUUCAAUGCCAUGUCACGGAGCUCCCUCGUCUGAGAGGCUGGUUCGCUGAUAAAUUGGAACUUAUCUACAGUCGUGGUGCUAUAUUUUGUAAGUGUUGCAUAACAAGAUAUACCUGAAUACAGUCCAGUGGCAAAAAACGUAAAAAUUUUUAUCCAGGAAGUGUCAAAAAAUGUGGCAAAAUACCUCCCUCUCCAAGAGAAAAAACUCCGAUUUCAAGCCCGCUCUUUUUGUGAGGGAAAGGGCGUGCCCUUCGAAACGAAGUUUUUUCACUUGGAGAGGGAAGCAUUUUGCCACAUUUUUGAUGCUUCCCGGAUGCAAAAUGGUGCGUUUUUUUGCCACUGGAUCAGGCCCGUCACUGUAUUUUGAUUUUUUUAUAAAGUCAUCAUUUUUAUUUCCAGACAUCCCCGAACUGUUUGAAAUGGGUAUAAAAAAGAUUAAUGCAGGGAGAUCCAUCAAACUGGAUCAAUUCUUUAUGAGCCGGUAAAUUUAAUAUGAUCUUUUGAUAAAAAUUUAUUACAGUUUUCCCUGUCAACCGAGCUGUCAAACUCUCAAAUGCCACGUUGAUAUGGACAUCCCGUUGACUGACAAGGGAUCGGCAAAUAGUUGCACCCUGCUUUCUUAACAAUACCUAUAUCAUUUGAAUGAGGGUUAAAAAUGGAACACAGCGCAAAAAGAAUUAGCUGCCCAAUAUAUGUUUGGGCAAAGUUAUGGCCAAAAUACAAAUUUUAGCCUAAUUUCCGCCUCACUUUAUAAGCUCUUCGAAUUGCAACGGAGUUGUGUCCAGUUGGCCGAGUGGUAGUGAGCCUACUUCCGGCGCAACAAGUCGUGGUUUCGAAUCCGGGCUCUGCAAAUUUUUGGCAUUUCGUCUCUUAUAUACCACAAAACCAUGGUAUGUUGACAUUUUUAAACAAUCUUUGUUCCUUCACAGACAAAAUCCAUAUUUGCGGAAUUUUUGGGAGUUUUUGGUUUUUUUUGAAACGACCACAAAUUUUAUGGUGAUGAGAGUGGGGUUGCCAUUAUCGUAUAAUUGAAAGGGUGUCAUGCCAGUAGCCUGACCGAUGAUAAUUACUGGACGAUAAUUCAAACUUACAAGGACAUAUAAAUAAAUUUUUUCGAAAAAAUACCAAGAGAAAAUUGCAAAAUCGGCUAAAAACGCUAUUGCUUCGGCUAAAAACGCAGUGGACAAUCGUUGGUAAGGCUAGGACAUACAAAAUUUUUGAUUUUGAGAUCUUUGUUUGUGAAUGACCACGAUGAUCAUAUAAAUGUAUUUGCAAAGCUUUUUGCUCCAAUUUUCCCAUUAACCUAGUUUUAUUUACAAUUUUUUGUAACUAGCAGUAAUUUUUAAUAACUCAUAACCAAGGAUUGGUAAGGCUAUAAAACGCCCGUCAUAGACGUUUUGGGAUACAAAGAAAUCAAUGGAGACGAUUUCAAGCGGCCAGGAUUACUGUAAUAUAAGAUACCGGCGUUUUGGCCGCAUAUGACCCCUUUCAUAAAACGGCCAUAACUUUGCCCAAACAUAUAUUGGGCAGCUAAUUUUUUUUGCGCUGUGUACCAUUUUUAGUGCUCUUUCAAAUGAUAUAUGUUUCGUUAAGAAAGCAGGGUGCAACUAUUUGCCGAUCCCUUGUGAAGGGUUUUACGAGAACAUAUUUUCUGAGAUCUCCGAAUCACUGCCAAACUUGAAAUGCCUCAAGCUGACGUGCUUGCUGCUCUUUGAGAAUCAGGAUGUAAGUUCGCACACAUGGCCAUACGGAUAAUUAACAAGGGCUUUAAUAUCGUUCAUAAUGAGAGUAAUCAUGCUGAUUUUUUUCAGCAGCUGCACGCCCAAACUCAACUCUUCGUUCAACACAUUGAUCAACUAGCAAAACACACACAUAUUCAAGUCAAAGUAGACAUGAAAGUUAUUGAUCAUGACGAAGCAGCGACGAAAAAACGGGUAGAAACAACGAAAAUUUAUCUGGAAAAGCUAGAAGGAGCCAUGAGGACUAGUCCAUUCGCCCCGUGGACGAUAAUUUUUGAGUACCCAAAUGCUCGAUUUAUGAUUAUUUUUCAUUAUCCAUAUCAUUCCUAUUUGUUCGAUCUAGAAGAUUUAUAA